AUGAUUGCACUUCCCAUCAACUUUGGCAAAUGGAUUGAGGAGCACGAGGACAAGCUCCAGCCCCCCGUCAACAACUACCUCGUCCAGCGCGGUGACUUUAUCAUCAUGGCCGUCGGAGGCCCCAACGCCCGUACCGACUACCAUGUCAAUGAGACCGAGGAGUGGUUUUUCCAGUACAAGGGAGAUAUGUUGCUGAAGGUCGUUGACAAUGGCGCGUUCAAGGAUAUCCCCAUCAAAGAGGGCGAGAUGUUCCUCCUGCCAGCCAACACCCCACAUAACCCUGUCCGUUUUGCCGACACUGUUGGAAUCGUCAUUGAGCGUCAGCGCCCAGCAGAGGCCCUUGAUCGCCUGCGCUGGUACUGCGAAAAGUGUGCAGAGAUUGUAUAUGAGGAAUCAUUCCACUGCGUUGACCUUGGCAAGCAGCUUGCUCCCGUCAUCAACCGUUAUGCUGCCGAUGAGUCCCUUCGCAAGUGCAAAUCCUGCGGCCACACUAACACUGCCAAGUAA